AUGAAGUGGAUGGUUCUGAGCUGUUUGGUCAUUAUCGCCAUGAUGCUGGAAGCUGGCGAUGCCCUGCCUGAUAAGUAUAAGGAUUACCCGAAAAAGGGAGGAUACGUGCCGGUUUACGUACGUUAUCCUAAUCAACCGCUUGGUUCGAUCAGUCCGGAACUGGCUGCAGCCUUCCAGGAAAGCUCGGGACGAAGCUCCAGGGGAAAGCUGAUUCAGGAACUAAACCGCCCGGUACGCUUCUCAUCCGAAUCGAGCAGCGAUGAGGAGCUGCGUAAUGACAUAACAUCCAAACCAAGGGUGGACUCGAACAGUAGCGAAAGCAACUCGCACUCGAACGAAUCCAUCUCGAACGAGAAGGAAGCAAAGGAAGCGAUCAAGGAACUGCUGAAGCAGAUGAACAAGAUCAGCAAGGCUGCCGCCGUCAAGGCGAAAAAGGCUUAA